GCUUGCAGAGCCUCACAGGUGCCCCUCCUCCAUCAUCGCUUCCACCUCCACUAUAACAUUUUACGUCUCCUACCACCGUCUCCCUCUCCGCCUUCCAAUCCUCCGGCCACUCCCUCCAUCCUUCUCCACUCCCGCCACCCUUUCACCCACCAGCUCGCCAAUCGCAAGACCUACUCUGUCCAAUUUUUUUCGCUCCGUCUCCACACUUACCUCUGCCACUCCUCCAUUUCUGUUGCAGUCACCUUUAUUCCUCUCAUCCUUACUUUCUGGGUUCUCUCCUUCAGCUCUUUUGCUUUCCCCAAAUUUCAGAAAUACUUAGGGCUUGUGAAAGAUGAUGUGAUUGUCACUGGGGUGUUGAAGGAAAAAUGGUCACCUGAUGUAAAGGAUGCCCGCUGUGACUUUGAUCCUGUCUUAGUUGCAAACUACGUAAGGAGAAGUGCUAUGAGUUGUGAAGAUAUUAGGAGGUCUCUUUGUAUUGCUCAUUGACGUUCACUCUCCAGACUGGAAUUGGCUCAGUUCAUGGUUUUCAGUUUCACAAGCAUCGAAUCCCGCCCAAAACGCAACAUUAUCCCCUCCGAGAGAGCACGCAAUUGACACAAAUAUCCCAAACAAAAAUCAUUCCCUUUCCCUCUCCCAAAACCACCAUGAUCACCACGCAACUCCUCCUCGCACCACCGCCACGGCCACUGCUCCCCAUUUUCUCUCCUAAACCGUCACUACCCCCAAUCACCAGCUCAGUUAAGUCCCCCACUAUUCACCUGCCAAUUACAAAGCCCAUAAUCUCCAGCAGACGAGACUUUCGGGCCUGGGCCGACGACGGAGACGGGGACAGCGGCAGCCCCGACGACUACGACAUGGACGACGAAGAAGCCGAGGAAGUAGACAACAAGAAAGACUUCGACGUUGACUACGACACCACCACCGCCAUUUCCGCAGCCGCGGCCGGAGGAGAGGAUGACAUUCUGAUAGUUCAGAGCAAGAGCUUUAUUUCUACUCAGGGUUGGGAUUCCGAGAAGAUUGUGGAAUAUAGGAUUAAUGAAGAGGAGUUUCAUAAAAUUUGUUUGCUCGACUGUGAUUUCUUUAUUCGGAAACCUCCUGACCCCGACGACGACGUUUACGACUUCCGGGAGAUGUAUGUCACGCCUCCUGACACAGAUGUAUAUGCGAUCCCAAAGGUUCUUGCUCCAAUGCCUCAAAAGUACAUUCGAUGUGCACAGACUGAUUAUGGAUGCUACAAUGUAACAGAGCCACCUAUUGAUGCACCCAGAGAUCCCAUGUAUAAAUCCGAGAGGGAGGUCUUGAAGAUUUUCCUGACGAAGCAUUAUAGAAACCGCAGAUCUGGUGAUCCUGAUUUCAUGCUUGAUUUUGAGGAGAUUUAUGUAAUUGAUUCAAAGACAAAAUCAAUAACAAGAGCUAAAGUUGUGGUGACUGUACCAGACGGGAAAAACAGGGACAGGAGGAAUGAUCUGCUUGUUAUACGUGACAAUGGAAAUUCCUUCAGAAUAAUUCCUCCGAAUGAAAGAGAUACUCCAACAGAUGUGAUAGAGAAGGAAGAAUGGAGCAAAACUAGGCAAGACAUGGAAAGACACCUGAGUAAGCUGAGAGAUUUCAGUGUGUCAAAUUGGUUCUAGCCAACUAGUAUCGUGAUUAAGAAAGUUCUGGGCGUUGCUUUCCAAUGAAUGUCGUGCUGCCAAUUGGAACUGUUCAGAGUAUGAUCCAUAAUCGUGAACAUUUCCGUACACGGCCAGCAGCUACCCGUGACCUUAUCUAGGACGCA